CCUAACGCUGUCGCUUCAGUCUUCACAUUCAGACAUUCAGUUCUUCACGGCUUCACCGUCACUCACCUAUUCGGACUUCAGUCUUCUCCCUUUAUCUUCGAUAUCAUUCAUCUCUCUUCACCCUUCAGUUUUCGCCUUCGGCUUCACCUUCAUCGUCCCUUAUCAGUCCGUCACGGUCACGGCAUCACUCUUGCUCUUAGCUGCCGUUCACUCUAUCCUUUGUUUCUGACCAUAGCUCUUGUACAUUAGCGAUCUCUUGCUCUUCGUUCCUUGAUUUGUUUCGUUGAGUCUUUCCCUCUUCACGUUGUGCGUGGUCCUGCUGGUGGAGAUGGAGGUUCAGAGUCAUUUUCAAGUUGACCUUGGUCACCUCAUGGCGUUUAACCCUAACCAUAGCUUCUCUUCUCAGCCUUCUUCCAGGGAGGAGCUGGUGAAGGAAUGUCUGCAAAAGGGCACUGAGUUAGUUCAAGCUAUUACAGAUAGUCUCUUCCAUUUGCCAUCCACAGAAGAUGUAGAUGGACCGCUUGUGAAGCUACCACCACCAGUGACGCGAUUGCCUAGAGAGAAGCAUCUCCCAGGGCCAAAGCCUCCAACAAAAUGGGAACUAUUUGCCCAAAAGAAAGGCAUAAAGAAGCGUAAAAAAGACAAGAUUUUAUAUGAUGAGCAGUCUGGAACCUGGAAGCGCAGAUUUGGAUAUGAUCAUGCAAAAGAUGAAGGGGCUAUACCUAUUAUUGAGGCAAAACCAAAUGAUGAUCCAAACGAAGAUCCCUUUGCCAAAAGAAAAGAAAAUAAGAAGAAAAGAAUUGAAAAACAGGAAAGCAAUAGGCUCAAGAACUUGAAACAAGCUGCCAAAGUUGGUGCUUUACCAAGCCAUAUUCAACUGGCUGCUACAGCUUUGCCUAUUACUGGAACUCAAGCAGCACUCAAGAAAGUCACCAAGGAUGAACUGGGUAGUGUAGCUGGAUUGGCAGCAACUGCAACAGCUAGUGGUGGGAAAUUUGACAAGAAGUUGCCGGGUGAAAAGGCUGCACCACAUAAUGGCAAAUAUCGCAAGUUCCUGCCAGUUGUGGAAGGAUCAGGGGCUGGAUCACGGGAGAAGGAGCAAACUGAGAAAGUAUUGAACAAGAUUUUCUCCAAGCAUUCCCAUGAAAUUCUCAAUGUUGACAAGGCUGUCAAGACAUACAAUAUGAAGAAAGAAAAAAAGCAAAGAAGUGAGAAAGUGAAAGCUGCUCGGGCAACCGGUGGCAAAUUGAAACCUCAGAAAAAAAUUCAGAAGCCUUCUAAAAGGGGAGGUUCCAAGAAAGGAAAGGAAAAAUGAAAUUAAAUUUUGGUUUCAAAUAUAGUAGUUGGCUCUACGUUUUGAAACUUUGGUUGUUGUUUUGGAGUUUUAUAGGAAGAAUUCAUCUAUUAAAAAUAUAGUUUCUAUUAAUUUUUCAUCCACCUGCCUACCUCUGGGUGUGAUUGCUUUCUAUUCAAGGAUCGUUAGAAAUACUCGAUGCAUAGAUAUAUGGGAAAGAAGCCAUGGAUUCAUUUA